ACUCUCACUGUUGACAACUAAGGGUGGGAGACUGUUGUGGAUUUUACAGCCAACAAGAGAGCGAGAGCGUGAGCGCGAGAAGGGAGGGGGACCAGACAGAACUUUCCACACAGAAGCAAGCUCCCUCGGAAUCACUCAGCAACACCAUGCCUGGUUGCCUGGUUUUACCUGCUGCUUUGUGGAUUGGCUAAAAGCAAACUCCGCUGAUUACCCGCACAAACUCCUCCACACGGUCUGGACGGACUGGACUGAGCAAGAAGAGAAUGCUCUCCCAAGUCAUAAGGCUACUACAUGUCUUGUCUUUCUGCUUUCUCCAGAUGGGGUUGAUCAGACCUGGCAGCUCCAAGUCCCAGAAACCCUUGUCCCCAUCUGACUUCCUUGAUAAACUCAUGGGCCGAACCUCUGGCUACGACGCGCGCAUCAGGCCCAACUUCAAAGGUCCUCCUGUAAACGUCACCUGCAACAUAUUUAUCAACAGUUUUGGCUCCAUAACAGAAACAACGAUGGACUAUAGACUCAAUGUGUUUCUACGGCAACAGUGGAAUGACCCGCGACUGGCCUACAGUGAGUACCCUGAUGCUUCCUUAGACCUUGACCCCUCCAUGUUGGACUCUAUCUGGAAGCCUGACCUGUUCUUCGCCAACGAGAAGGGGGCGAACUUUCACGAGGUCACCACAGACAACAAGCUACUUCGCAUCUUUCAGGACGGGAACGUGCUCUACAGCAUCAGGCUCACGCUCAUCCUGUCCUGCCCGAUGGACUUGAAGAAUUUCCCAAUGGACAUUCAAACCUGCACCAUGCAGCUUGAGAGCUUUGGUUACACCAUGAAUGACCUAAUCUUUGAAUGGUUAGCUGAAGGCGCGGUCCAAGUGGCAGAUGAACUGAUGCUGCCCCAGUUUGUCCUGAAAGAGGAGAAAGACCUUGGCUACUGCACCAAGCACUACAACACAGGCAAGUUCACCUGCAUCGAAGUGAAGUUCCACCUUGAGAGACAGAUGGGCUACUACCUGAUCCAGAUGUACAUCCCCAGCCUGCUCAUCGUCAUCCUGUCCUGGGUGUCCUUCUGGAUCAACAUGGACGCCGCGCCGGCCCGCGUGGGCCUGGGCAUCACCACCGUGCUCACCAUGACCACGCAGAGCUCCGGCUCGCGGGCCUCCCUGCCCAAGGUGUCCUACGUGAAGGCCAUUGACAUCUGGAUGGCCGUCUGCCUGCUGUUUGUGUUCGCCGCCUUGCUUGAGUACGCCGCGGUCAACUUUGUCUCCAGGCAACACAAGGAGUUCAUCAGACUGAGAAAGAAGCAGAGGAGGCAGAGAAUGGAGGAGGAUCUGGUGAGGGAUAGUCGAGGCUUCUAUUUCCGUGGUUACGGCCUGGGACACGGCCUGGGCCACUGCCUGCAGACGAAGGAUGGGACGACCGUGGAGGGGUCCACCGUUUUUGCGCCGCCGCCGCCGCCGCCACCGCCCCCGAUGCCCUUGAUGUACGACAGCGACUCGGUGCGCAAGCGCUUCGUGGACCGGGCCAAGCGCAUCGACACCAUCUCCCGAGCGUUCUUCCCCCUCAGCUUCCUCAUCUUCAACAUCUUCUACUGGAUCACCUACAAAGUGCUUCGACACGAGGACAUCCAUGCAAACUUGUAACAUGCCAUUCGCUUCUCCGCCUCUCUGUGUUCAGAAUAUUUAUUGCUACUUUUCUUUUUCUUUUUUCUUUUUUUUGUUCUUCUUCUUUUAAACCAAAACUGCCUGUCAGAACCACAUUUAAAGAAAAAAAAAUGAAUGAAAUAUUUCGGUGGCAUAUACUUGCUAUUUUAAGAGAAAAAAAAAGUGCUGUCAGUGCUAAACCUAUGUGCUCACUCAGGUGUGACUUCAGGAUUUCAACAAACGCGUCAAAAGAAUUGAGAGAGAAGUGAAAGCGACAGAGAGAGCGUGUCCACUCCAGCCACAUGGAUUCUGAGUGGCACUGAGCUGUUGUUUCUUUUUUUUUUGUUUGGUCCAUCUGAGUUUGAGAGGAUGGCUUCAGAUGACCAGCGAUACAGGUCUUAGUGCCUCAAGAACUCCGUCCAGGCCUGGAGGCAAAAAGGCAAGGUCUUCAGCGGACUGAUUUUCUUUCUUUCUUUUUUUCUUUUGUUCUUAACCGGAUGGAAUACACUGACUUGAAUUUCAUCACACAGCGCAUCUUUGAAUGAAUGUUUUUAAAAAAUAACGUGUUUUUUACAACCUCCAAUUG